AUGGAGGCUCUCGCUGCAUUUUCGCUGGCAGGAACCAUAGUCCAGGUUGUGGACUUCAGCUCGAAAGUCCUAACUACCACGCAUGAGCUCUACAAGUCGACGGAAAAGAUCACCAUUUUCCAACCGUACGAGCUGGUUGCGGCCGACCUGUGCAAGAUAACCCAGCAUCUGAAUGAACGCAAGCUCCCACAAAUUAGUGGCGGGCAAAGUGCUGCUACUCUGAACAACAACCACUCGCUACAAGCACUUCUCAACGAAUGCUCCGAGGUGGCCUCGAAGCUUCUGGCUCGCUUUGAGAAGCUCAGAGUUCAAGGGAAGAAGACAAAGUAA